AACCAAAAUCUAUGAUGAAUCCACAAUCCAUGCGCAUAUACUGACCCUGCCAGCUUGGCUCAUCAUCACUCUGUAUGCACGAAAUCCAAAGUCACAAACUCUCUGUGCGUCUCAAGAUUGAGUGACUGUAUCAUUGAUGACCAUGUCUUCGGACGACGAGUGUGGUGAAGAGUAUCUCUUCAAAAUCGUCAUCAUCGGUGACUCCGCUGUUGGCAAAUCCAACUUGCUCUCCCGGUAUGCUCGCAAUGAAUUCAAUCCUCACUCCAAGGCCACCAUAGGCGUCGAGUUUCAGACACAGAGCUUAGAAAUCGAUGGCAAGGAAGUCAAGGCUCAGAUUUGGGAUACCGCUGGCCAGGAGCGAUUCCGAGCCGUCACCUCUGCUUACUACAGAGGCGCUGUUGGUGCUCUCAUUGUCUACGACAUAACCCGGAGAACCACAUUCGAGAGUGUCGGUCGCUGGCUUGAUGAGCUCAAAACGCAUUGUGAUACAUCUGUGGCCAUGAUGCUUGUGGGCAACAAAUGUGAUUUGGUGGAUAUCCGGAACGUGAGUGUUGAGGAAGGCAAAAGCCUUGCUGAAUCAGAAGGUUUAUUCUUCAUGGAAACAUCAGCAUUAGACUCGACAAAUGUUGACACAGCUUUUGAGAUGGUCAUUCGUGAGAUAUACAACAAUGUCAGCAGGAAGGUCCUCAAUUCCGAUACCUACAAGGCAGAGUUGUCAGUCAACAGGGUGAGCCUUGUUAACGAUGGGACCAACGCAUCAAAGCAAUCCCGAGGCUAUUUCUCUUGCUGCUCAAGAUGACCUUCAUCCUUACUUAUAUACAACUUGGUUUGUUAAUUCAAUUUGGCGGUUUGUUGGUUGGUUGAUCAAAUGGGUUGGCUUGUUCCUUAAUGGACAUGAUAUAAGUUGAAAGGUUCUUUGGUUAAAAAAAAAAAAAAACAAGAUAUGAUACAGAAAUGAAAUUGUUAUCUUCAGCUGUAAGCUUGCAGUAGCAAUUUUCAACAAAUAAAAGGGACAGUUAUUUUUUUAA